AUGGGUGGCAACUUUAUGCGAAAGGUCGAGGAUCGGCCGACACCUCCUGAGGUCUACAACUGGAAGAUCUACCUCGUCGCAGCUGUCGCUUCAGCAGGAGCCGCAACCAUCGGCUACGACAGCGCCUUUAUUGGGGGCACCAUGGCUCUACCUGCAUUCAGGAAAGAUAUGGGCUUCGAUACCAUGGGCAAGACAGAAGUCAACCUCAUCUCUGCCAACAUCGUUUCCUGCUACCAAGCAGGGGCCUUCUUCGGAGCUUUUGGAGCAUAUCCAGCUGGUCACUUUCUUGGUCGGCGUAUUGGCCUAAUUAUAUUUGCAUUGCUCUUCAUGCUGGGGGCUGGUAUCAUGCUUGCCACUGAUUCUGAUAGUGGCCUUGGUUUUCUGUAUGGUGGUCGAGUUGUUGCAGGUCUUGCAGUCGGUGCCAUCUCGAAUCUUAUCCCAAUUUAUCUGGCCGAAAUAUCACCCCCUGCUAUCAGAGGUCGCCUGGUUGGUAUGUGGGAAAUUGGCUGGCAGAGUGGAGGACUCGUCGGUUUCUGGAUUAACUACGGCCUUACCCAGCACAUGGCACCUUCAAGACAGCAGUGGAUCAUCCCUUUCGCAGUUCAACUUAUACCUGGUGGCCUGCUGGCUAUUGGCGCUUUUUUCCUUCCUGAAACGCCACGUUGGCUUCUUUCAGCCGGUAGGCGUGAAAAGGCAAUUGAAACGCUGUGCUUCCUGCGAGGCCUUCCAAAAGAUCACCCAUAUCUUCUGACCGAGGUGCAGAUGACAGAUGACGCACUGGAACAUCUCAAGAGAACUAUCGGUAUAAAGUUUUCCGGUCCUUUUAAAGAGGUAUAUCAAAACCGGAAGAUUGCAUAUCGAUUCUUUCUUGGUGGUGCACUGUUCUUCUGGCAGAAUGGGAGUGGCAUCAAUGCAAUUAAUUAUUACUCGCCCACUGUGUUUAGGAGCAUUGGCAUUACAGGGACAAGCACCGGACUUCUGACCACGGGAAUUUUUGGAUGCCUGAAAACCUUUUUCACAUUCGUAUGGAUCAUGGUCAUGAUCGAUCAAUUUGGUCGGCGUAAGCUACUUAUGAUCGGUGCCCUUGGUGGCUCACUCUCCCUUUGGGUAGUAGGUGGCUACAUUGCGGUAGCGAAACCCCAAAACAACCCAUCUGGCACCUUAUCAGGAGGAGGCAUCGCAGCUAUGGUGUUCUUCUACAUCUAUACCAUUUUCUAUACUCCGUCAUGGAGCGGAACCCCUUGGGUCGUCAAUAGUGAGAUGUUCGACCAGAAUGUUCGGACUCUCGCACAAGCUUUCGCUGCGGGAAAUAAUUGGUUCUGGAACUUCAUUGUUGCACGAUUCACGCCUCAGAUGUUUGCCCAGAUGCAGUACGGGGUCUGGUUCUUUUUCGCUAGUCUGCAACUCCUCUCCAUCCCCUUUGUGUAUUUUUUGCUUCCAGAGACAAAAUCUGUGCCACUCGAGUCCAUGGAUUUGCUGUUCGACAGAAGUCUGAAACCUCGGAAGGCCCACAAGCAUGUGAUGCUCCAGGUGCAGGAGAACGGAGAGCACAUGCAAGCGGAUAUCAUGGAAUCAAUGGGCUCCAAAGGACAAGCGACACAAGUUGAGCAGCUCCCAGCGAAGCAAAUGCAAGUUUGA